AUGAUGUACUGGACCCUCCACUUCAUAGUCACCCGUCUCCCUGAUUCUCUUAGCUCGGUCAGGGACCACUUUCUCGCUCGUUGUCCCACCGAACUCACUAUCGACCUCCUAGAGAAGCACCUCCUUGCAGCAGAGAAGAGCAUUGUCGCUGUAGCUGCUGCUCGUGGCGCUCCUCGCACCCCCAUCUUUGAGGGUGGGAGGCGUCGUAACGACAAGGGCAAGGGAGCCAAGGGUAGCGGAGGUGGCACCGGGGGUGGUGGUGGUGGAGACGGUGGAGGAGGAGGAGGUGGAGGAGGGAGUGGUGGCGGGAGUGCUGGCGGGAGUGGUAGCGUCGGUAGCGAUGGUGGAGGCGGUGACGGCGGAGGAGGUGGCAGCGGCGGUGGCGGCGGCGGUGGCAGCGGCGGUGGCGGCCGGGGCGGUGGUGGCGGUAUAGGUGGCGGUCGGGGUGGAGGCACGGGCGCUGGCCAGAGACAGCAGCAACAGCAGAGUCCCCAGACGACCCAGCAGCUUCGUGGGUGGCUUGCUCAGCGUGGGAGGUCUGGGGGUGGUGGUCACUGCUCGUAUGUCAUUCGUACAGGUGACCGCAAGGGUUAG